UCACCGCAGUCGAGCGUUCCCUGUUCUUCGCCUCCAUCACCAUGCUGGUUGGGAAUGGGCUCUUUGCCCUGUUCUGGGAAGAUAGGUGGCUCGGCGGCCGUUCCAUCAGCGAGAUCGCGCCCCUUGUAUAUGCGUGCAUCCCAAAGCGAAGAAGGAAGACAAGAACGGUUGCGGACGGCAUGCUCAAUCACAAUUGUGCACGCGAGAUCCACGGCGUCAUUGGCUUACAUGAGAUUGGUCAAUACCUAACGCUAUGGUGCAUGGUCGACACCGUCGUGCUCACCGGAGCCCCAGACCAGCUAACCUGGAAGUGGACGGCCAGCGGCAACUAUUCAGCUCGCUCUGCUUACCUUGCGACAUUCCAGGGCUCCAUGACAUGCCCUGCCUGGAAGCGCAUUUGGAAAGCUUGGGCGCCCCCUGGGUCAAGUUUUUCCACUGGAUUGUUUUCCAAAACCGCUGCUGGAUGGCGGAUCGUUUGGCGAGUAGAGGCUUGCAGCACCACGCUCGAUGCCUGCUGUGUGACCAGGACCCCGAGACUAUACGCCAUUUGCUCAUUGAGUGCCCCUUCACCAAGCAGAUAUGGCAUGAGGCCCUGGCCUGGUUGCGCAUUCCAUGCUGAUCACCUGAGGACGCGGACGAGUCAAUCUUCACUUGGCUGGACCGCGCAAUGCAUGCGGCUCCGAAGCCUCUUCGCAAGGGCCUGGGGUCCGCUGCGCUGCUCGUGCCAUGGAUGUUAUGGAAGCACAUAAACGAUUGCGAUUUUGAACGGGGAUGGCCCUUUGUCGCCGACCUGAUGAGCAACAUCAAGGACGAAGCUAAGCUGCGGGCACAAGAGGGCGCCACCGGCCUCGGUGUGGUGUUGGCAACAACCUGGGAUGUUCACUAGGCUUUUUUGGUUCCAAACCUGUAACCCACCUCCUAGGAGGCUUGUAAACAACUUCUUUCUCUCUAAUCAAUGAAAUGAAAUGCAAAGAGUCCUUUGCGUUUUCUCGAAAAAAAAAACUUCAGCUUCAUGGUUUAGUAGACCGAUGUUGAGUAUUUCAUUUGCAUCAUAAGGUCUAAAUAUCUUCCUGACUAUAUCUUCCUUCUAGGAGUGUUGUCUUUGUCAAUCAAGUUAGCGACCCGCCUGAACCUAGAAUUUGCGACAUUGUCUGUGAUCUUCAUAUCUCCCCGCGGAAUCCAAUUGUCCUGCCAUAUCCGUAUUUUCUCUCCAUUACCAAUACGCCAAAUGAUGCCCUUCUUGAGAAGUUCUAGACCAUACAUUAUUCCUUGCCAUCCAGGGGAUGGGUUUUUUACGAAGGCUGUGUCCGUGAGUUCACCAGCAGGACAAUAUCUAGCCUUUAGUACUCUUGCACGUAGACUAUCCAGGAAAGCAACAAGACGCCAUGCUUGUCUUGCGAGGAAUGCCUGGUUGAAAAGGAACUGUAAUGCACUUCAGAAAACCAAGACGAGAAAUUCGCUGUGGGAUGAAACCUCCGCCAACCCCUGAAACCCCUCAGUGUUUUUGCUCCUUGGUUAUCAAACUAUCUAGGAAGCUGGGGUGGGAGGUGGUGAGGAUGGCUGGCCUUUUACUCGAGUGCAUUAGAUACUUGUUGACAAGGCCAGAGAUAAAGAAGCUGCAGUACAUCAUGUUGACAAGGCCAGAGGUGAAGAAGCUGUUGACAAGGCCAGAGAUGAAGAAGCUGCAAGAACUCUACCUUAAAUUGAUUGAGUGGACGAGGACUUGGCUAGAGAAAAAUAAAGUGGAAGCUAAAAUUGAUUGGAUCAUUAUUGAGAUUUGUUCUCGUGUGGUGUCAGCAACAUCUGAGCCUUGUUCAGCACCCAAGUGCCCUUCAACACUCGCAGUUGAUGCAAGGGAGCCUCCUGCAGCGACGAAGCCUCCUGCAGCGACGAAGCCUCCGACAGCGACGAAGCCUCCUGCAGCGACGAAGCCUCCUGCAGCGACGAAACCUCCUGCAGCGAUGAAGCCUCCUACAGCGACCGAGCCUCCUACAGCGACCGAGCGUCCUGCAGAGACAAAGCGUCCUGCAGCGACGAAGCCUCCUGCAACGACGGAGCGUCCUGCAGCGAUGAAGCCUCCUGCAGAAAAGAAGCCUCCUGCAGCAACGAAGCCUCCUGCAGCGCCACAACGUCCUUCACUUAAGGGAAGUGCUACUGAAUCGAAGCCAUCCUCUGAAUUGCAACAACUUUCAAAUAUGUGGUCAAAGGCUGUGGACAAGGCAAGGAAAGUAGUGAAUAAGAAGGCGAGAGAAUUAAAACAAAAGAUGCUGUGGAGAAGACUGAUGAGUUUCCAGAAGGAGUUAACCAAGGUAGCCAUAGAAAUCUACACAUGCAUGUUGGUGUUUCUUAUCUGUUUCCUUGCAUCCAAGGACAUACCAGCUGUAUGCGAGAAAGCAAUGGCAUGUCACAGGUUAGCGCUCCAAUGCAACAAGGCCAUAUCGAGGUAUAACCUACCGCAGAAGACAGUGUUUGCUGGUUCUCUUGUUCGCGAGAAGCUCAUGGUGUCAUUUGCUCUCCUUCGGCACAGUGUGAAUCGUUUAGUGGAUACGUGCAACAAGACCUCCAGUGAGUACAAGCUGUACGAUAAGCUCCUGGUGGCUUGGGUGAAGCUUCAAGAUGCUGGCACACAAGCACAGACUUUGUCAAUAAUCUGCGACAACUUGGAGAAGCUGCUGCUGGUGCUUCAGAGGUUGAUGAAGGGUAAGUGAAGGUUGCACUAGUGCCUGAAAAAUAGACUGUGCUUGAGGCUUGAAAAAAGAUCAAUUUGAUCUUUGGACCAGUCACUAUUUCAUUGAAUGGAUCAAAACUGAGAUUGUGUGACUUAUAGACUAGGAUGCACUUACGAAACAAACCUGGAGAGCUGCACUUGUUUGCUAGCUGCCAUUAUGCUUUUGAGCGACAUUGCCUCUUGGCGCUGCAGAUCCCCAUUCUGCCCUGUUCCCUUUUUUCUUUUCUUUGCAGUGUAUUUGGCUUUGGGCAAUAUCUA